AUGGCCCUGCAGAAUUCCCCGCACUUCCUUGGGUAUUCCAGCCUUGGAUCGGAAACAACUGGUGGGAAGGCGGACAGGCGCGAACAGGUUGAGUUUGCGACCGAGCUCACAGCCGUAGCUUCAAACACGGCCCCCUUGUACGAAAAAUUGAGAGGGCCCAACCAAUGGCCAUCCCAACUACCAUCUCUCCGCCCAAUCGUCACGUCGUACAUCGAUGAACUCACAGCCCUGGGCGAGCGAUUCCUCCAAUUAGUCGCAGAGGCCCUUUCCCUUCCACAACAAGCAUUUUUCCCGUUUCUCUCCGACCAACACCGCCUGAAACUGGUCCACUACCCUGGCGCAUCGGAUCCUCUAUCGUCCGAUCUCUCAGCGCAAGGCGUCGGUCCCCAUAAAGAUUCAUCCGGCUGGUGGACGUUCCUCCUUCAAGCAUCGCCGCCGGAAGUCAAGGGCCUUCAGGUUCUCAACAAAAAUGGCGAUUGGAUCGACGUUCCAGCCAUACCGGGAACCUUUGUCGUGAAUAUUGGACAGGCGUUCGAAGUCGUGACGAAUGGGAUAUAG